UGGCCCUACUUGGGAUACGGCCUUCAUGGUGACAGUUGUGUGACGUCAGUCUCUGCUCGCCAAAGUGCUGUACCGUACACCGAGCUUUCGGCUUAUUUACCUUACAGUCCUGCAUACUCGGAAUAAACUAUGGCAGUGAAUACAGGGACGUCUCUGGUGUUGUCCAGUCUGCUGUCUGUGCUGGUCUUCGCUGGCAUGCAGAUGUUUAGCAGGCAGCUGGCCUCCUCUGAGUGGCUCACCAUCUUGGGAGGUUUCCUGGGCUCCUUGCUCUUCAUCUGCUCCCUCACUGCAUUUAACAAUCUGGAGAAUCUUGUCUUUGGUAAAGGUUUCCAGGCGAAGAUCUUUCCAGAGAUUUUUCUGUGCCUGUGUCUGUCCCUGUUCGCGUCUGGUUUGGUGCAUCGUGUGUGUGUCACCACAUGCUUGAUAUUCUCGCUCUUCGCUCUGUACUACAUCAACAAAGUGUCGGCAGCUCUUUACCAGAUGGCCGCUCCCGUAGCAACUCCCGCAAAAAUUACCGGCAAAGGCAAAAGGAAGAACUAAAUGACUGAACCUGCCCCAUCAUACCAACAACAGCAAUAUUGAUUAUUUGGCAUAUUGCAGUUAUGUUUUGUUUGAAAUUCGGCCCAUUCUACGAUUUUACUACAUUGCAUUCCACAAGACAUAUAAAUCCCCAAUCAGGAGUCAUUAAUAACAGAUUAUUAAUGACCCAAAAUACACACUGCUCACAUACAUAUGUCUGUUUAUGCAAAUACAUCAUUGUGUUACAUUUGUUCACACACUGCAGUAAACUGACCUGCACUGAUUCCUGAUCGAAUCUGUAAAGACUACUCAGUUUCAUGUCUUACCGUCAUAGCUGUGUGAAUUGGUUUCUCUUAUGAAGUACUUUUGUUAAAGGUUUUGCUAUUAAAACAAUUAAAAACCUU